UUGGAUGUGGUAGCCGUUUCUCAGGCUCCCUCUCCGGAAUCGAACCCUGAUUCCCCGUUACCCGUGACAACCAUGCAUCAUCAACAGCAGCAGCAGCAGCAGCAGCAGCAGCAGCAGCAGCAUCGUCGUCGUCGUCACGUCCAUCAUCAUCAGCAUCAUCAUCAUCAGCAUCAUCAACAGCAGCAGCAGCAGCAGCAGCAGCAGCAGCAGCAGCAUCGUCGUCGUCGUCACGUCGUCACGUCGUCUUCAUCGUCAUCAUCAUCAUAA